GAGAAACACUGGCAUUGUCUUCCUUCGGAGUGUCGAGCGGGUUUCCCUGGCCUCGUCCUCGGAGGGCCUACUGGGCUGGGCUGAGCCGCCUCUCCUCUCCGUGGAGGAGGCAGCUUUGAAUUGUUCCAGAUGCUAAUGUCACCCUUUGUGGGACCGCCUCAUCCCAGCCUGUGCUUUUCAUCUCGCCUGAUGGGAGGGUGGGCACUUAAAGACCAGGGCAAACAUAAAAGAAUGAAGCAAUUCAUUAACCAAAAAGGGAAAGCCCAAGGAGAGUAGAAAAUAUCGAGCGCCGUAUAUAUUUGUCCAGUAUUUAGCGUACUCUAAACUUCUUCUGAUAUUUAAAAAAAUACUUUAUCAAACAGUGCAUCAAAGUAACAUUGAAAUCUGGAGCAUUUGGUCCUGUUUAAUAACAUCAUACCCACCUAAACUCAGUGUGGUGUUUGAGUCCUUAAAACAUCGCCCCUCAAGUGUAGGCUUGAAAUCACGUUGGAAGAAAACGUUGUCUCCAGCAGCUCGCACUACUGGACUACAGUACAGCAGAGAGCUAAUCUGGGAAGGUGUCUCUGGACCUCAGUCACGAUUCUAAUUUCUACUCAGUCCAUGACCACAAGACACAGAUACUUGGCAAAGGUUCUACGGGAGUUCAGAAAAGGCCUGUCUGUACAGCCUCUGUGCCUGAGCACAGAAGCCCACACCAGGGACCAAGGCCUGAGACCCAUGGCCCUCCAUGCCUGAGAGGGAAGGCGAGCUCUGGAGACUUACCACUUGACCCCUGUGCCUGGUGGCUCUGGCAGGAAAAGCUCCUGAAGCCUGGGAUCCUGACCGAGGUCAGCUCACAGCUGACACAGUAGGGUAACAGCAUGGAGUCAUGACUGAAUGCUGGUUUCCCCCAUUCUCCACCUCUGAAUAUACCAACCCGGGGCCUUUCUUCUUGAAAGCAGCAGUGUGAUCUGGAAUGUCAAAGAGAUAAAUGCACUAAUAUUUUGGAUCAUACAACAGAAUGAUUAUUAAGUAUUUACCCAGGAAGUAUCUGCCACUCCUCUACCAAUCAAAAGUAUGGUGAAGCAUGCUUCCAAAGGAUUUGAUCAUGUAAAAUCUUUCUGGGUUUCAUUCAGCUUGUGGUUGAAACACAGAUAAAGAAGAUGAAGGACAUUGGAGAACAAUUGUACACUACACAAGUGAGUAGCGGACCCAGUUCCUUGACUAUGUCACCCAAACCACCUAAUUCUAAUAGAGCAACUCGGCCAGACAGACAAGAAACACAAACCCUUUUGUACCAAGGCUCAGAGGCAGAAACUGGCCCAAUGACCAUUGCUACGUGUGUGCAGUGCAAAAGUGUUCACAAGAUACCACCCCAAGAUUUGAAGAAGGGUACUGGGCAGAGCCAAAAGGAAGACAAGUAUGUGUGCUUCAAGUGCAGCCUUCACCCGGCUCCUGCCCAGUUUCAUUUUGUUAAUAACCCCAGUGUCACUCAUGUUAGAAAUGAAACUGAAACUAUCUCAGGUCCUGUCAAUAACAAAUUUAAAGUAAGGAACUUUAAGCCAGGCAAAUACUAUUGUGAUAAAUGUCGUUUUUCCACAAAGGACCCCCUGCAGUACAAAAAGCACACACUUCAACAUGAAGAAAUUAAGUUCAUCUGUACUCACUGCAGCUACAUUUCAUACACAAAAGGGGAGUUUCAGAGGCAUUUGGUGAAGCAUACAGGUGUAUUCCCUUAUCGGUGUGAGUAUUGUGACUAUGGUGCUAUUAGAAAUGAUUACAUUGUGAAGCACAGGAGGAGGGUCCAUGAGAGGGCUGGUGCUAAACGACCACUCAAAACUGUUGCCAAGCUGGAGCCAAAAAGAAUAAACAUCUCAAAGCAAAACAUGGAGCUUUUGAAGACUCCCAAUGCAAGGACUACAUUUCAUAGUAAGUUGUCAGAUCAGCUCUCAAUGUUCUCUCUCCAAACAAACAAAGACAGAACACAUAAUAUCAUGUUGUUACCUGAAGUAAAGGAAUACCAAAAAGAUGUCGUGUGUAUUCCAAAUAAAAUGACACUAUCUGAGCCACAUGAGCUGAGUCUGUUGGGGAACAAGAAUGUUGAGGUGGAAGUGCUGUCCCCUGCAAAGGAGCCUGUCCAGCCAGGAGUGCCACUGACUGUUGUGGCACCGUCAGAACUGGUUGUUCCCACGAACUGCCUAGCCCAGUUGAUAGACGUAAAGGUCGUCAAUGGCACCCAGCAACUAGUCCUGAAACUAUUCCCCCUGGAAGAAAACAUUCGCCUUGAAGCUGGCAGUGGGGAUGGAGGUAAUUCUGAGCCUAGGACUAAUGACCAGGGCUUAGAUGAACAAAAAAAUGUAUUUCCUGCAGAAAAAAGAAAGCCACUUACAAUUGAAGGGAAUGUUGGAGACUUUGUGGGUGUUGAUCAUCUUCAGUCUUCAGUUCAGAAACAGCUUAAACAUGUCAAGUGGGUAAGGUCUUACGAUGUUUUCAUGUCAAACUCUGGCAUAUACAACCAGAGAGAAUCCUUUCUUGGUUCUGACAUGGGUAAAGAUUUGCAGAAAACCCAUAGUGUAUAUGCACCGCGAGCUGCUCUUCCCCCAGUUGCCUUCAAAGGUUGUUCUUCAAGCUCUGGAGAGAAAAGCGGUGUUCAUGGUGGUGCUGGAACUGUACCCAGCCCUUUCCCGUGUAGAGCUGCUCUUUCCUUUGCUGAAGAUAGAAGAAAUUUGCCCAGUGACCCACAGCAGCUUCCUCCUCUGCCUAUGUCACCUGUGACCAUUUCACACUCUGGAGAAAAGGGCCUGUUACCUAUAGAAUCCAGGAGUAAGAUCAGUAUUUCUGAAAAGAUAGUUUCCCCUCAAAGGAAACUGGAAGGUAACCAGAUAGCAGAAAACAGAGUGUCCAGCAUAAAGCAUGUUUCCUCUGUACAUAAAAAUGAGUAUUUACAUAUAAAUAUAACAGAAGAUGGGCUUAGGUCUCAACAGUUUAGGGAUCAGCCUGUGCAACUGAAGACUCCCGAAAGGACUAGUAACACUUGUGAUGGCCCUGUCAUCUCAUCUGUAUUUUCUCUGAGCUCUGGAUCUGAAAACGUCCCAGAAAGCAUUAAGUGGAAUAGUUCAACGACCAAAAUAAAGUCAAUUGAACUGUUGCGCAAAAAGAUAGCUCAGUUGAUUGAAUCUUGCGGCAAGCCUUCCUCUGUGUCUGCAAACAGUGCUCAUCGCCGUUCCAUAGGGCAAGCCCCAAAGCCAGCCUCAAAAGCAACCCCUGAAGGAAUUCAGGAAAUUAAUGUGUCACUGACUGGCCCGGGCCCCUCUGUGGGUCCUCUCCAAAAACCUCAGAAUGAGGGAGGUGUCACUGGCAGUGGACAGCUUAUCAAGCCACAGAUCUAUCCACAGCUUGCCAGUGGUGGUGAUAGGAAAAUGGAAGGCAGGGUGACCAGAAAGACUCAUGUUGCCACUCCAGUGCUGAUCCCCAAAGGGGCUGUGUUGAGGGUUCUUAACUCUUCUGAAGAUGCCCACAUCAUUGAGGCUACCUGUGACACCCCUGUCAACAUACCUUGCAGGGAAGCACAGGUACCACAACCAAUUCCAUUCAGCCCUGUGAGACAGACGGCCCCAGACCUGCAGCCUUUGACAAGUGAAAGUGAGCCAAUAGACAUGUCCCCAGGUCUGGAGACAUCUCUUCGAUCUAAACCAAGAAAAGAAGAUCUCACCAAGAAAAUGAGCCCUGUGUGUGGUAGGCAGCCUGGAGGCAGUGACUUCAGCAAGCAAGGGAGGUUGCUCUGCAGAGGUCUCACUGCAAGCAAGAAUAAAGCCAAGCAGGUUAGCUCAGCCAAGAAGAAAAGCAAGAUGCAGGCCGAUCCCAGCCGCUGUCUCAAGGAGCCUUCCAUUUUUCAGGUAGCAAGACAGCUUCGACUGAUAGCGGCUAAACCUGAUCAGUUGAUUAAAUGUCCCCGUCGGAACCAGCCAGUCAUUGUGCUAAAUCACCCAGACGUUGACUCACCAGAAGUGACCAACGUGAUGAAGGUGAUCAACAAGUACAAAGGCAAUGUGCUCAAAGUCGUCUUGUCAGAGAGGACAAGGUGCCAGCUGGGCAUCCGGCGGCACCACAUGAGGCUCACCUGCCAGAAUGUAGAGGAAGCCAACCAGAUGAAGAGGCAGAUGAUGCUGAAAAUGAAGCUGAAGAAGGUUCAUAAGAACAACUACCAGGUGGUGGACUCGCUGCCGGAGGACUCUUCACAGUGUAUAUUUAAGUGCUGGUUCUGUGGCCGGCUCUAUGAAGACCAGGAAGAGUGGAUGAGUCAUGGCCAGCGACAUUUGAUAGAGGCAACUAGAGACUGGGAUGUGCUUUCUUCCAAGGGCAAAUAAGUACAUUGGUCUUUGAAACCCAGAUUGUUUUAGUUUUUCUAGCUUGGGGUUGCCCCUGUACACUCUGAGGCAGAAGUGGUGUAGACUUAGGAAUGUGGAGAGCCCCCUCCCUGAGCUCUGGUGGUACCAGGAGAGGUGUAUAAGGCCCAGUAACUAUGCACAUGGAUGGUUGCUCAUGUUUUUCUGGUGAAUAAAUGUGAAGCUCUCAACAGAUCUCUAGUGGGAUCUGAAGCCUUUCCACACACUGCACCAGUUUUCUGAGUAGACAUGAAUCUUUCACAGUGCAUUUGAGGGACAGGUUUCAAAUGCCUCACACUUGCUCCUUAGACAAAUGUUGUUGAAGAACUAAACCUACAUGUUGAUGCACAUCCACUUAGUUUUUCCUUUAACUCCUUCAGAAGUUAUGUUUUUUAUUUUGUUGGUUAUCAUACAUUUGAUAAUAAGCUGUGCUCACCUGUUCUCACUCCACAAUCCUCAGCAGUAUUCUAGAGACCAUGAAAACCUUGGCUGUUUGAAAAGUGUGAUGAUCCUGAUUCAACAACAGGAGUCAGGAGAAAAACAAUUUCAAAGUUAUAGCUUUUUCUGUUAAAAUGCCUGAUUUGGGACAAUUGGCAGGAGUCAACAGAAUGGAAGAAAAGCCUUACUUGUCUUUAACUUAUGGGAGAUCCUCACCUUCCAUGGUUUCUGGCACAGGCACAGUUUGCUUCUAACCUGUCCUAAACAUCAACACGGUGUCCUCUUGCUCCCCUUCCGCUGGUAGUACUUCACUCUACCAGGGUGUCAGGGCUCACUGACCUAGGACACACCUUGAUGCAUGUUAGAAACCUGCCUGCCACACAAGCAGGACUUUCUGGGAAGGUUGAUCUCUGGGCAAGGGCACACAGGACUGGACUUUAGUUUUCCCUUGCCCAGACAGCAGGGCACUGAUAUGCGUACAGAGCACAGCCUGCCCUCCUCAAGGCUUUCCUUGGGGGAUUUGGUGGUGGUACUGGAGGAGAGAUGUUAGAUCUGAGAGUGAUACCAAUGACUUCUAAUCAACUGAGUUUUCACACAGGAAGUCUUAGAUUAUCCUGUCUUUAGGAUUGUACUGUCAAGUUGGCUCUCAUAGAUAACUCAGAAUUUGUUGGAUAUUAUUCAGUGCAUGAUAGUUAUGUUAAUUGGUUAAUUUUUUUCAAAUUUAAAACUUGGCAUUUUUAUAUGUGUAUGUAUAUGUGUGUACACAUAAAUAUUUUUUUACCAUUUGCAAAUUCUAUCAACUAAUUUUCUGAUUUCCUAAUUUAUAAAAUGUGAUCUGGGAAAAUAUAAAACAUUUUUAUAUUCUAGAAAUUUUAUUUUGGAAGUACAUUUUUACAAUGGUUUCAUCUCAUUUUUAGAUAAUGAAAGCUCAGUAGUGGGUGGGGUGAUUUUAUAUGAGCAAACAGGAAUAGACAACCUCUAGGUCAUUUCAUUGUGGCAUUUUAUCGUGCAUUGGUGCUUGUUAGCAGAUGGAAUCUGUAACACUUCACUACGUAGAGAGGACCAUUGUGCAUUUUGGUCCACGUUGUAGCCUGGCACCCCUCCAGCAUGCAGAAUAUCUAAAGUGUGGCAAAAGGAAGGAAGGCUGUGGGGUUCCCUGGUUUUUGUGUUACUUUUAUUUUUCCUUCUGUACCUCACAGCUCAGUAGCACUUUCCUGAAUGACCAGUGUGAGAGCUGGCCCCAGAAUGAGUGAAAUUAUUAGGUGUCAACAUGGAAUAUUUACUCUGCAGCUGCUCAGCUGUGUUUUCAAGUAUUAUUAAAAUGUAACCUGUGUGGAGCUGAAUUUUGUGAGUAGGAUAUGUAGCAAAAGUUUGGAGGAUUUUCAGAAUUAGAAGACCUGGUAAGACAUUCAAAGGGUUCCUGGCAGCCAUAAACAUGGGAGCAGAAAGUGACUUGUCUUCCCCAUGCAGAUCUUCAGAACAAGUUGUUAACGUGUAGGUGAGUGCUGAGAGAGGAGCCAUCUAGUGAACCCAGAGAGAGAAGAGCAGAAUGCAUUGUGUAUUUCUGUACUGUUGAUUUUGAAGGUUCUCUACAUUUUGGUAAUAAUACUAUUACUAAUAAAAUUAUUUUAAAUUUAUUUUUUAAAGUAGUUUUUCUUACUUUGGUCAACCAAAAAAUGAAAGAAACUUGUUAUGUUUAUAAUAUAAACAAGUGAAGUAAAAAUUUAAAGCCACUGAUUUAAAUGUUCUCUUAAUAGAUUAUAUUUUAUUCAAAUUUUUAUCUCCAGUCCAAAACAUUUUAUAAGCCCCUAUCAUGGGCCAAGCACUGUUAGCUAAACAAUGUAUUAACCCUCAAAAGUUCCUUCCCUCUAGAUUGACUUGAAUCUGUGAAUGAGCAGAAAACAACAUUGUACAGCAGUCAAGCAUUGUUAGAGCCCCUCUGUGAAGUUUGUGUCUGCUGCUCUGAUUUUGAAACACUUUUGUAUAUAGUUAGAAAAGUUGGCGUAAGUUUUGUUAAAUAAAGCAACUCUUAAGAUUUUA